AUGGCCGCUGUGCGCAGCGAUGAUACCCUUGCUGCCCACCGUGCCCUUGCAGAGUGUAGCUGGUACUGGCUGGUAGUCUUCCUGUUCGGAGGGAGCUAUACGCUCCUAGGUCUUGGCGACAUGCGGCUUUAUGCUAUGCUAGCAGCUGAUGUGGUGCUGUUCUCCUUGGCUCUUUGCAUCAACGGCAUUGCCUCUCUUCUGAUUCUGGAAUGA